UGCUUCUGGUUUGGUUCCCUUUUUCUCCAGCACUUCUUGCCUAAUAUCCUGUGGAGAGCAGUUACUGUUCAUGAUAAUGAAACCCACAAGUGUAUCUUGUGAGAAGCAGAACUCCUGUUUAGCAAAUAGAAAAGGCUGUUGUUACACCCGAGGAUUGUCGCAUUGAGGGAGCCAGUUUUACUGCUUGUUCCAAAAUAUUGGAGAGCUUUGGGAUAUCCAGUAUCAGAAGCCACGGGUAAAGUUUCUCAUGGAGAAAUAUGUGAGAUGUAGCAGAAGCACAGAGGAUCCUUCAAACAGUCAACCUAGAAAAAUCCCAAGAGUAGAUAUCCCCAAAGGAAUGCAGAAAAGGAAAGCAGCACUUGAGAAAUUGGCAAAUAAAGGAUAUACUGCGUUUUGUCCAGGACCCAGUACUGUUGACAAACCUGCUCAGCCUAAGCCUCCUCUGGCAGUCAAGCCUUCAAGUGAUGAUAAACCAGAGAAAGAUCCAAACCCACCACAUUUGAAACCAGUGGCACAAAGGUUUGGUAUUCAGCUUCAGCCCACUAACAAAGGAAAUGAAGAAAAAGCUGGAUGCGCUAAACUCUCUAUCAAAACCUGUGACCUAUCAAAAGAGGACCCAAAGCCUUUGAAUCCAAAACCUGCAUGGAACAAGUUCCUUGGUCCUCCUGAUAAAGAAAAAAAUCCUCUGGGACCAAAACCUAAUUUAAAUUUACCAUCACAGGAGAAUGAGAGAAAAUCGGAAUUCUCAAAAGUAGCUGCAGUUAAGGAAAAAUUAAGGUCUGCAAAACAAGAAAAUGAGCCCAAGCCUUCUGUUUCUAAACCACCUCUUGCACAGAAACCUUCUCUAAACAAUGAGGUAUCUCAGAAUGAAGACACUUCUAAUAAAAGUGAUUCUCUGAAAAGACAGUGUAGACCUAGAACAAAUAUACAUGCACACCAAGAAGCAAAAGAAAUGGGUGAAAAUAAUAACUCUGCUGCAGAAGAUCCAGGCAGUAAUUUUCCUAAAAUAGCUCUGAAGCCUACUGGCCACAAGUUCAGCUUAUCAAAAGGAAUCCCCAAAACUGUGGCAGAAAACACUGAAGAAAAGGGAAUGAGUGCUGCCAAGAACAUCUUCCUCAACAAAAUGACCCAGGAGGAAUCAGGUUCUUCUCAUAAAUUCCAUAAGAUGAAUACGGCGCUUGCUGAAGGAAGACCAUCAGGUGAACCACAAGAGGAUGAGAACAGGAGUGCUAGAAUACCCAAGAGGAAAAUCUUGCCCCCAGUGUUCAAUCUGGGCCAGCCCCCAAAAAAGCCCAGCAGACCCCCCACUGUGCACCUUGAAAAGUUCCAGAAGAGCCACCAAAAAAACAGUCCUAAAAAUGAAGGUUUGAAACAGAAGACAUCUUCCUCGACAGCACUUGCCCCACCAAUACCUCCAUCACACACUGCUGUGGCACCUCCUCCACCAGCCUUUCACCCAUCCCUGCAGGUGCCAGCAGCUCCCAGUCUGCCUCCCAGAAACAUCAAGCCCAGGUCUGAAACAAAAAUCCUAGAAAAUGAAGAAAAUUAUGAUGAUGUUGAAUUUGUUUCACAGGGUCAUGGAAAUACACAGAGGGGUCAAGAAAGUGAUGAGGAGAUGUAUGAAGACAUUAAUGACAUCAGAUCAACAAGGGGAAAAGAGAAGAAGUGGGACAAAGAAGAUAAGAGGAGAAUGGAUCAAGAGAAGAAAGAACAAAUGGAAAAAGAAAAGAAAGAGCAUGAGCUGAGGAAAAAGUUCAAAUUAACAGGACCCAUUGAAGUCCUUCAUCAGGCACAAGCUUGCGUUGACCACAAGGGAAGGAGGGAUGAACUGACUGUCAAACAGGGGGAUAAGAUUGAAAUCAUUCGCCUCACAAACAACCCAGAAGGAAAGUGGCUGGGCAGGGUAAAAGGACACUAUGGAUAUAUUAAAACAACCAUGGUGGAGAUUGACUAUCAUUCUUUAAAAAGAAAGCAAAACCUGUCCACCAGAGCUGCUGUGAAACAUACAGAGAGUGACCAAGAAACAUAUGAUGAUGUUGGAGAGCAGGACACUGCUAGCAGUCAAAGUGGUGACCAAGGUGGAGAUGGAAACAUGUUCCCACCUCCUCCUUCUGAUCAAGACAUUUAUGAUGGAAUUGAUGAUGAAGAUGCUAUAGCUAGGUCUGUAUCACAGGAUGAAGAUAAGAAUGGUAUCUGGCCCUGGGGAAUCUUGAAGAGACUAAAGGUCAAAGAUGGCAAAAAGAAAAGUGUACGAGAAAAAACAGCCAAAGUCAAUGAGGCAGAAGAAAAUGAAAAUUUGUUCACGUCUUCUUCAACAAAGCAGUCUGGAAAAGAUUAUGGAGACAAUGUUUAUGAUGACGUAGAUUCUUCAGACUUCCCAGCUCCACCACCUGAGUCCAGUUCAUCAAAAUCAGGAAGCCUUGAAAAACCUAAGUCAGACGAAAAAGAUGCACAAAAGCUCAAGAAGAUGGAAAAAGAAGAGAAAGAGUUCAGAAGAAAGUUCAAAUUUGAUGGUGAAAUAAAAGUUCUUUACUCUACAACCACAGUCCAGGAUUUAUCACAGAAAAGAUGGCACUAUAAAGACUUGCAAAUUAAACCAGGGGAAUCUCUUGACAUUAUUGAAAGUACAGAUGAUACCAAGGUCCUCUGCAGGAAUGAAGAAGGAAAAUAUGGCUAUGUUCUGAGAAGCAAUUUAGUUCAUAAUGAUGGAGACAUUUAUGACGAUAUUGGUGAUGAUUGCAUCUAUGAUAAUGACGCUGAUGCUGCAUGCUAUUGAAAUAACAACUUCAUUGAAGAUCAAACUCUAGUUUGGAAUCCCACUUGUGAAAGCAAUAAGAGUCACAACUGCUGAUUGCAAGUUAAUUGGUGUCUCUUUUAAAUGGUGUCUCUUUUAAAAUUAACAUUUUUUGGGAUUUCAGCUUUUGUCCUCCAAUGCUUAUUAUUCCCAUUUAUCUGAGCAUUUAAAAUUGAGGGAAUAUAAGCAAAAGUUAGGGUUAUAAUUUUUCACUUCCUUUCCACAUGUCUUACAGCCCAUGUAGAAACACAUUCUUAGUUAUCUAUUCCCAGAGGCCAGUUCACAUCUGUGAAAGGUCUAGAGGACAAUAGUCCCUGGCAACAGGUUUUACUCUGGCUUUCACCUAUUAAGCACCAAAGACAGCCACUCUGAGUAGAACAGUAUUCUGAAAAAAAAAAAAAAAAAAAAAGGUGAUAACAUCCUGUUAUGAGUGGGCCUCAGAAAAGACAAUACACCACUGACCUGCCAUUCCACCUCCAAUAGUGUUAGCUACACUGACAUAUGCAGUCAUGUUCCAUUAUUUCAAAAGUAUAUUUUUCCAUGUUGUACUAAUUAUAGAAUAUAAUUCUCCAAGAUUUAUCUGAAGUCUACUUUAGAGUAUAGUGGUCUACUUUAUGCUGUAGUAUUGCUCAAAAUAUACUCAGAACAUUUAGGUUAAGAUUUAAUUUCUGUUUAUUUUGAAGAUAAGUUGUCACUAUAGUAAUAUAGAUAUUAUAAGCUCCAAACUGAUGAUAAACUGUCUUCUAGACUAAAUAUAUAAGUAUAUUUAUCACUCUAUUUUGAGAAUGCCCUUUUUUUCAAAGUAUUGUAGUUUGCUACUAGAUUUGUCUAAGGAAGCGUACAGAACUCAAGUAUUUCCCUGCUUAUCCAUUGUAGAAUAACAUUUAUUCCGAAAGUUCCUUUUUGAUGCUGUUGUCUGAAUAACCAAGUUGCAAAUAGAAGCAAAGUGAACAGAUAACUCAUAAUGAUAAAUAUCACUUUACCCUUAUGUAUCAGAAGUCACUGGAAAUCAAAAGACAUCUACAGUAAGCUCCCAAUAAAGAGAGUGUGUGCAAAAAUUGGAACAUCUAUUGCUUUUGUUGUAGUGUAAAAUAAUCAAAAACCUGUAAUGACCAAUGUGUCUGGAUCAGUGGAAGCAGCUCCUUUUGAUGAACGAGUCCUAUACAAUGCAGAAGGGAAGUCAGGUACAUACACAUUGUGCAACAUGGCCAUUUUAGUUUAUAAACAUAAAAAAUGUUGGCUCUGUUAAGUCAGUGACUUUUGGUCUCACCUUCAGUGAAGAUGACAUUCCAUUUUCUGAAAGUGUCUUUUAUUGCUGCUUCAAAAUACAAUAAAUCUCAAAGGAGGCAUAAUGCAGUGGGGAUAUCAAACAUAAAAUUAAGAGAUAGUGGCUAUAAGCUAUUUAGUACUGUAUGUAAAAUCACUGAUAGUAUACUGAAAAGUUAUAUGCAACCUUUCUCUUUCUCUUUUCUAUUUCUCAUAUCUAUUUGCUAUUCAACCAGCAUCCAGGCAUCAAAUGACAAUUGUAUCUGUAAACAUCAGCUGCAGCACCCAAAUAGAAAACAUGACCAUGCAUAUUAAGUGCAAUGAAUAUGUGUGACUAUUUGACUGUCACUGCUAAUGGAUUAUUUAUUUUUUUAGUGGCACUCAAGAGGCUGUCUGCAUUAAAUUAAUGAUAUGCCAGAGAACUGAGUGGGCAUGCAGGUACCUAUACAACUGCAUAGCUCUUCCAUGUUCUUAGUGGUAAUGUGUGCAGACACUGCGAUUUUAUAUCAAUAAGACUGACUAAAUUGGUCAUAUGAUACAUUAAAUAAUGAAAAGAAAUAAAUAUAUUUAUAGCUAAAACUCUAUUCAUUGCAUGUUCAGAUUAAUUAUAAUGUGAUUGCUGCAGGGUGUCAAAAUGAACUUUUAAAGUAUUACUCAUUGAAAAACUACUGGCCUUGUAUCUUAACUUUUAGCAAUGAUGUUUUGUAUUUCUUCUGAAUAAAAGUACUUCUUCUGAAUAAACAUUUGCUUAACAAGAAA